AUGAACAAAGAUGCACAGAUAAGAGCAACUAUUAAACAGAAAUUGAUAGAAACUGGAGAACAAGAAUGGCUUAAAGAGUUGUUAAGAGUUAAAUUAAUUGAAUGUGGCUGGAAAGAUCAAUUAAAGGCUCAUUGUAAAGAUGUGAUUAAAGAAAAAGAGUUAGAAUAUGUUACUGUUGAUGACUUGGUGACAGAGAUAACUCCAAAAGGCAGAGCACUUGUACCUGACAGUGUGAAGAAGGAGCUUUUACAAAGAAUAAGAACUUUCCUUGCUCAGCAGGCCAGCCAAUAAGUUGGGU